GAGUGCAGGCAGACUUGGCCUGGAGUCUGGACGACUGCCGAACGGUACCAUUCGGUAGUAGUGGACUUGCUAGUGUUACGCACAAUGUUAGUCUGUUACUAACAUAUCUUCUACGAUGUGCAAUGGAACAGUGCAUAUAGUACUCGCAUCUGAUAUGAACUAUGCUGGCGCAAAUAUGUGAAACCAAGUUCUAAAAUAAAGACCUGAAAAUAUUUACCAAAUAUCUUUUGGUACGAGGAGGAACCACCUUAUUCGUUUUUCGUUGUUACCAAAUACCAAUUCAUUAUUCAAUCGCAAAAAUUUAAAUGAUGUAGAAUGAGGGGACAUUGAGCAUGAAUAAGCCUCAAUAAGGUAUAGCUAAAAUUAUUAUGUUACCACUAAUAUUUGUGAUUUUGAGAUGCAUCACACCUUAAAGUCCUUAAUUAUCAUACGUAGUAUAAAUGCAUUGAAAACGUAUUGCUGAGUAAAAACCGCAGGAGCUUGGGCCUUGGAGCAUAGUCAAGACUUGUUCCUUACCUGGCAUGGAGAGCAUGUCCGAGCUGCACCCUCUUCUCUCCCAAAUGAGGGAGCACAGGGAGAUGACGGGCGGUGCAGGCAGUGAUGCCGGCUGCAGGUCCUCCUUGCUGUUGGGAAGUGGAUCCUCUGGAGGGCGUGGCUCCUCUCAGGGCAAAGGCUCGGGAGGACGUGGUGCUAAUAAAGGUGUGAGCAGUGGAGGAAGCAAGAAGAAGGCAGGCUGGGAGGAUGCAGAACUUGAGUUCUACAAGGAGGCGUACCCUAUGCCCCCACA